UCAACCCUGAAACAUUCCACACGCGUUUCCCGCGGGGAGCUUCCAUCAACAUUUCUUCAAUCGAUGAUUAAACUUGCAAUAACCACAGGAUACCCAAACGUUCAUUGUAUUCCAUUUUGUGAUCUUGAUCAGCAUUCCGAAAUAUCAUUUCAUACGAUCCUUGACUCCCGUGGACCUUUGGUGCGACACCUUGUCGCAAUCGCCUUUGUGCCCCGCAUCACAUCACAUCACAUCGCCGUCGCAAACCGUUCGUUCGCAAGGGCGUCAUUGCGCCAACGAACAGCGCACACUCACUUCUCACUCACUCUGAUUAUCACCCAGCGAAAUCAACGAAUUUAACAACUAUACCCCCCGACAAGACAUCUACACCUCCUAGCUAUUCCGACCAUCCCCCGUAAAGGAAAACAAACAGCCUCAAUCUUACUUCACCCACCCAAAACCAUCAGGAAAAACCAGCAAAAAUGCUCCGCCGCCCAUUAACAGUCCUAACCAUCACGGCCGAAGACAUAGCCUCGUACGACGACCGUGCCCUUGAGCGCCAAAAAGCCCGCGAGAUGGCUGCUCGCACACAAGCCCGUCAGGAUGCCAUGAGACGGGGUCAUCACGGCCACCACUCGCAACCACUUCAACAACCACAACAACCCAGCGCAGGAGCGAGGAUUUUUGGGAGGGAACAUCCUGGUGUUGGAAAUGUUGGGCCAAGUGGUGGAUUCGGUCACGGUCACGGCCAAGGAAGUGGGUUAGGGUUUGGUACCAGCGGCGGCGGCGGCGGCGGCGGUGGUGGUGGUGGUGCAAGGAUAAGUGAACAGUAUAUGGGUACUGGCGAUGAGGACGAAGAAGAAGAAGAGAGUGAAGAAGAAGAAGAAGAAGAUGCCGGUGACGAAAGUUACUAUGCGCAGCGCCAUGCGCAGAGACAGGCGAGGAUGAUGGAGCAGCAGCAAUCGGCGGCGCAGAGACAUGCGGCGCAGAGACAUGCGCAGCAACAGCAGCAGCAGCAGCAGCAGCAGCAGGGCCAGGGUCAGGCGGAAGAGAGGACGACCACAACAGCCGGUCGAAGGGGUGGUGGUACCGGGACUAGAGCACCACAACAAGCUACGACAGCUGCUGGAGGAGGGAGACAACCACACCAUCAAUCACGCGCGGCAGUCACACCUACCGGACCUACGACGACAGCAACGGCGGUGGAAACUCCAUCUGCCAUGUUGCCAGGCGGAGCAGGAGGAAGAAGAGGGCUACGCGGGGGCACAACAACAACACGUGCAGGACAGCUGCAACAACAAACCCCAGCUGCCACAGGACAAUACGAUGGCGCCCAAGAAGCAGACUCCGAAGAAGAAGCAACACAGCGAAUCGACCAAGGAUACGGCUACUCGUGGGAAAUGGACCUCGACAUCAACACCCACAUCCCCCUUAUUUCCCCCUCCGAUGACAACAACGGCAGCAAUGGAGACAACAUAAGAGGAAUGGAAAUGCUCCCACCCUACCACCUCCACGGCUACGGGCUGCACGUCGAAAGCCACGAGAUCCAAUUCCAUACUCCUCCCGUUGCUGCUCAGUCUGGGAACCAGGUGAUUGCUACGCCGACGAAUCAACCUCCGCAUGCACAUCAACAACAGUCACAAGCUUCUCAGGCGACUACUCAUUCUCAACACAGUCACCAAACAACCCACCAUAACCAACAACCACAACAACCGCAACCCCCUCACCAUACCCGCACCAACACAAACACAAACAACACAAACCGCCGCCUCUCCCAAUCCCAAAACAUUCCCCCUCCGAUUCCCCCAACUCCAGUCCCCCGCACAACCACAACCACAACAACAACAACAACAACAACAACAACAACCCCCCAACCACAACAACCAGCAGCACAAACACCCGCCCAGCGCGUCGCCGCCCAACAAGCCCAACAGCGUGCCGCCGCUCAACAACAAGCCUCCGCCCUCCGUGCCCAAAGAAGGAGAAUGGCCAUGGAAGCGGACGAGCAAGAGGGGUUGUACGCUCGGUUGACGAGGGGACAUGCUUCUUUGUCGGUGGCAUCUACAUCUACUGCUGCUGUGCCGGCUUCGAGGGUGGGUAGUGUGAGUGCUGUUACGCCUGAGGGACAGGUUGGUACUGCCGGAGCAGGAGCAGGAGCAGGAGCAGGAGGAGGGGGAGGAGGGGGAGGAGGAGCAGCAGGAGGAGCAGGUGCUGGUGGAGGUGCUGGUGGUGGAGGGAGGACUACAGCAGCUCAUGGGAGACGGAGGGGUUAGUUACAAAUAGUAGUUCAGGUUGGGGAGGG